ACGACGACGACGAAAGAGAAGGCCGCUGCUGCCGCGUCGUGGGGCCUUCUCUGAGGAAGGGCUGCAGUGCGCCUGCGUGCAGCAGGCCCUGCUCUGUUGCUUUGCCGUGUGGCCCGCAGGACUGUUGCCGCGGUGGCGGCAAAUACUCGCGAGGAACGCCGUUUCGUUCGUUUGGGCUUAAGGACCGACGAGGAGCUGCCCGUCCGAGCCACCACUCAGGAAGGACUUGGAGAAGACACCCCCUCCUUCUCCUCAUUGCUCCGUUGUCGUCGCCACUACAACCACCACUACUACCACUACCACCAGCGGCCAUGGGUCCCACGUCCCUACUAUGGAGACGGUACUGGCGGCGGCGGUGGCUGAGCGACUGAAGGCGGAGUGCGAUGGUCUCUAGCGAGCCGUUGUUGCUGCCUGUGUCACUGGAGGGAGAGUUCUCCAAUAGCAUGAAGGAGAUGAUCGGCGGCUGCUGCGUGUGCUCCGACGAGAGGGGCUGGGCCGAGAAUCCGCUGGUUUACUGCGACGGGCAUGGCUGCAAUGUCGCAGUGCAUCAAGCAUGCUAUGGAAUUGUACAAGUACCCACUGGACCUUGGUUUUGCAGAAAAUGUGAAUCUCAGGAAAGAGCAGCUAGAGUGAGAUGCGAGUUAUGCCCUCACAAGGAUGGUGCUUUAAAGAGGACUGAUAAUGGGGGUUGGGCUCAUGUGGUUUGUGCUCUGUACAUUCCCGAGGUGCAGUUUGCAAAUGUUUCUACAAUGGAACCUAUCGUGUUGCAGUCUGUCCCUCAUGAUCGUUAUAAUAAGACAUGUUAUAUAUGUGAUGAACAAGGCAGAGAAAGUAAAGCAGCCACUGGUGCUUGCAUGACUUGUAAUAAGCAUGGAUGUCGCCAAGCUUUUCACGUAACAUGCGCACAGUUUGCAGGACUACUGUGUGAAGAAGAAGGUAAUGGGGCAGAUAAUGUCCAGUAUUGUGGUUACUGUAAAUACCAUUUCAGUAAGCUGAAAAAGAGCAAACGGGGAUCUAAUAGGUCAAAUGAUCAAAGUUUAAGUGAUUCUUCCUCUCAGUCUCAGGAUAAGCACCAUGAGAAGGAGAAAAAAAAAUAUAAAGAAAAAGAUAAACAUAAACAAAAACACAAGAAGCAAUCAGAUUCCUCUCCAUCUUUGGUUCCUUCUCUCACUGUAACUACAGAGAAAACUUACACAAGCACUACCAACAACUCUAUGACAGGCUCAUUGAAGAGGCUGGAAGAUACUGCGGCUCGCUUUACAAAUGCAAAUUUCCAGGAAGUCUCUGCACAUGCUUCAAGUGGCAAAGAUGUUUCAGAGGCCAGAGGUUCAGAGAGCAAAGGGAAGAAGUCGGCAGGUCAUAAUUCAGGUCAGAGGGGAAGAAAGCCUGGUGCUGGAAGGACUCCUGGACCUACGGUGUCAGCAGCUUGUACUUUUCAACAAGGCAGUUUUUUGGGAACUCCCAGCAGUACAAAGUCAUCCUCUGGAAGUUCAGUUCAAUCUCCCCAGGACUUCUUGAGUUUUACAGACUCGGAUCUACGCAAUGACAGCUACAUUCAUUCCCAGCAGACAUUGUCAACCAAAGAUGUACAUAAAGGAGAGAUUGGAAGCCAGGAAGGGGGUGUGAAUUGUUUUACUUCCUUAAUUGGUCUCCCUUCAACCUCAACUGUUGCCUCCCAGCCUAAUAUUUUUGACAGCUCACCUGGAGAGUUGGGUAAUUCAAGCCUUACAUCAACAGGAUACAAGCGUGUUCAAUCCUCUGGGACAGAAGAUGAGACUGUAAAGGAAAAGAAACGGAAAGGAAAUAAGCAGUGUAAACAUGGGCCUGGUAGGCCCAAAGGAAAUAAAAGUCAGGAGAAUAUUUCCCACCUAUCAGUCUGUUCUGCCUCUCCAACAUCAUCUGUGGCAUCUGCUGCAGGAAGUGUAACAAGCUCUAAUUUGCAAAAAUCUCCAACAUUGCUUAGGAAUGGAAGUCUACAGAGUCUCAGUGUUGGUUCAUCUCCUGUUGGUUCAGGCAUUUAUAGCAGUAAUGAAGUAGCAGUGUCCUUUCCAAACGUUGUGUCUGGCUCAGGAUCUAGCACUCCUGUUUCCAGUUCACAUUUACCUCAGCAAUCUUCUGGUCAUGUGCAGCAAGUGGGAACUUUGUCUCCAUCUUCUACACCUUCUGUAACUACAGCUGUCGCUACAACUCAGGCAAGCACCCUACCUGCAGCUUCCCUUGGCCUGCCUCCAUCUCAUGUGUAUGGCAUUAGGCUGAACCCCACCUCAACAAUGGCAGCACAUUCAGCUCAGUCUGAAAACAGUCAACCAGAUCAAGAUCUUGGAGACAAUAGCCGGAGCCUUGUUGGCAGAGGAGGUUCGCCCCGAGGAAGUCUUUCACCACGGUCUCCUGUAAGUAGUUUACAGAUCCGUUAUGAUCAGUCAGGGAAUAGCACUGUGGAACAUUUGCCUCCUGUACCAGCUACUAUAGAACAACUUCUGGAGAGGCAGUGGAGUGAAGGGCAGCAGUUCUUGCUAGAACAGGGCACCCCCAGUGACAUUUUAGGCAUGCUGAAGUCAUUACAUCAGCUUCAAGUCGAAAACCGCCGCUUAGAAGAACAGAUUAAAAAUCUGACUGCUAAAAAGGAGCGCCUCCAGUUACUAAAUGCACAGCUUUCGGUUCCUUUCCCAACAAUAACAUCCAAUCCAAGUCCUUCUCAUCAAAUGCAUGCGUUUUCAGCACAGGCUGCUGCUAGCACUGAUUCUUUGAACAGCAGCAAAAGCCCUCAUCUGGCAAGCAGCUUUCUACCUGACAGCUCCCUUUCUGUAUUAAAUCAGGAUAUAAACUCCAGUGGACAAAGCACCAGUAGUUCCUCUGCUCUUUCCACUCCCCCACCCGCUGGGCAAAGUCCAGCUCAGCAAGGCGCAGGAGUUGCCGGAGUUCAACAGGUCAAUGGUGUGACGGUGGGGGCACUUGCCAGUGGAAUGCAGACUGUAACAUCUACCAUUCCUGCAGUGGGUGGAAUAAUUGGAGCUCUGCCAGGUAACCAGCUGGCGAUCAAUGGAAUUGUUGGGGCUUUAAACGGGGUAAUUCAGACUCCGGCCACAAUAUCGCAGAACCCUUCUCCUCUCGCUCACACAGCUGUGCCACUGAAUGCAGCACAUCCCCUGCCAACCACACUGAGUAACAGUGCCUCUGGACUUGGAUUUCUUCCUGACCAACACCAGAGACAACUUCUGCUGCAUCAACAGCACCAGCAGUUUCAGCAGUUAUUGAAUACUCAACAAUUCACAACAGAACAGCAUCAGGCUCUUCUCUACCAGCUAGUGCAGCAGCAGCAGCAGCAACAGCAGCAACACCACCAACCUGAAGUACAGCAAUUACAGAUUUCGGGAGCAACGCAGAUUCCAAUCAAUAACUUACUGGCAGGCUCUCAGGCGUCUCCUCUUCAUACAGCUACAACUAAUCCCUUCCUUACAAUUCAUGGGGAUAAUGCGACCCAAAAAGUAACUAGACUCAAUGAUAAAAGUGGACCAGUUGCACCAGAAAAGAACUGACGUUUGGGGGGAAACGUACAAUGGCAUAUAUCCUGCUGUGAUAGCACUUCAUCAGGCUGCACGUUGCAGUCUCUCUCUGCAGGUAUGACUAGAUGCAACAAGGAGCAAACUGCACAUUGGAAAAGUAAAUCUACCUGAAGACAUUAGUAAGGCUUUGACCUUGUUGCUUUUGUUGCACUGAAACUGAACUGCUUUCUUCAGAUUUAUUUUGCAUACAAGAGUUGUCAGUUUGGACAAUGGAUUUGAACUCUGCUGCUGAACUAGUAGCCUUUUAACGUACUGCAGGGCUAAUAAACAGACAGUCUGUCCGUUGCUUGUUUGAAGAAAGCAAACCAAAAUUUCAGUAUCUGCCAAUGACAAGUUAACAUUCUUGUUACUUGUUAAACACCAAUGUUUUAGAAAAAACAGUUUUUUUCCAGAAAGGGACCAGGUUUUAAACUUUUUACUUAGCCUUUUUCUUAACUUUAUUGGAUGUUUUGCUUGAACAAGAACUCUUAAGGACUGGAAAGUGGUGGUUGAUCUUGAAUUGUAUUUUUUAAGAUGGCUGAGAAAAACGGAUCAGUUCAAAGAUUAUAGAUUUUACCAGAUGAGAAAGCAAUUCAAGUUCUGCUAGUGUUUGACCUAACCCAAGUGCCUGUCGCUUACCUCUGUUGGGUUGGAAUGGCUCUAUCCAGCUGGGCAUGCACUAAACAAGACUGUGUGAAAGCGGCGAGUGUGUUCAACCUUGCACCAGCAGCCUUCCCCAUUGAUCUGCCUUUAUUAGAAGCGUUUGUCACUGUAGAUAGCUCAGGCAAAUUGUUACCUGGGUUGCUUUCCACUAAUAAAUUACCAAAAAAGAGAGGGGGAGAGAUCUCUCAUUUCUAAUGAAAUAUUAACGGGUGAAAAGUAAGUGUUUGGAUAUUUUCACUUUGAAUAGUUGAUUUUCAUGGUAUGACUAUGCAGUAUAGCAGAUGAUAGUUUGAAGUUGGGGGUUAAUAGCCACUAAUUUGAAUUUGUGUGAAUUAUUAGUGGAAAAUACUCAAGUAUACUUAGACCUUCACUGUGUACUUAAUUGGAAGAACCUAUUGUUUCUGCAAUAUCGUUUGGUUAAACAUUGCACAGUUCUUACCUCAUUUCUGUAAAUAAGGUUUUGUGACUGUUUUGUAUUGUGGAGGAUUCAUAAAAUGUGGAUAUUUUGAUUUGUAAUAUUUCUAAAUGGUAGAUUUAAUUGAAAGGUAAAGAAUAAUUUAUUUUUAUAUGUUCAUGGGAAUUUUUUAAAAGUCACAAAUCACUUUUGUAGAUAAUUUACUAAAGUAAAUCAGUGUGGUUUAAUUUACUUAAGCCACUCAUUUAAUAUCUGUAACAAUUUGUAUAAAACGUUGCUGUUUUGCCUAGAUGUAAAAUUGCAAGUUUAUAUAAAGAUAUGUACAAAGCUUUGGUUAAUAAAGUUUAAUAUUGUUUAUGGUUGUAAACCUAACAGAAGACUCAGAGAUUUUCCAAGCCCUCUUUUUCCAGUUUGAUCAUGAGCUAAUCAUUGCUGGGUUUCAAUGCAUGCCACAUUUGUAUAUAUUAGGUGAGAUUUUAUACCUCUCAGCUGAAGUUUUCCUUUAGUCUGAUUUGGCACGAGCUGCUACAGUAAUAAAAGCUGUGGCAGCCACAGGGAGGUGAGGUGGAGGGGCAGUGCUCCAAAUAGCAUGCUGCUUCUCUGCCCCCCAAAAGUAAUCUGCCAUCACUCACACUCACAAAUGGCACCUUAUCUCCCAUACAGUAAUAUAACAACAUUGAGUUAGAUUGUGCUAACUCAUAUACAUUACUGCCUACUCUAGUAAUAACCUCUGUGCUGUCUAUUGUUAAAAUUGAAAAUCUAAAUGGUUGUAUACUUAAGAUCUUUGUGAGCAUUGUUCCACCAGAAGGCCAGUCUAUAGGAAUGUAGAUCCUGCUGAAGUCUAUUUAAUGUGUACUCAUGUGUUACAAAUAGGGCAUCUUUACAAUUGCUUAGCACAGUAAAGCAGACUUGCAGCCACUUCACUACAUACAAGAGUACCUACAGCCUCCUUUAAGCAGGGCUGGAGACUCUCAAGCCCAGGGGCCAAUAUAUUCAGUGAUAGAUAUAUUGUAACUUUUACUGUCCGGAAGAACUUUAAAAGACAAUAGGCCACUGAACCCCAAGCUCUGCUAUGAAACUGAAUUCAGUCCUUGGGCUAAAAGAAGUUCAACCUUAAUCAAACUUACAAUAUGGAGGUCAGAGCAUGUAUUUGAGCUGUCUCUAUCAUUGUUACAUUUAGAUCCUCCUCUGCUUCAAGGGCUCAGAGUAGUGUGCCAACCUUCUUUUCCUAAAUCAGGUGUGCAUGUAUUGGGGGGGAAGGUAUGUGUGGCCCUCCAGAUGUUUUCAAUUCCCAACCCCAUCUUCAGCCCCAGCCACCGUGGCCAAUAGAGAUGAUUUGAGUUGUAGUCUAGCAGCAUCUAGAGGACCACAGGUCUUACAACUUAAUAGCUCUGAAGCUAAGGGGUUCACAUAUUAGGGAAAUCAAAUCAAUUGGCAGAAAAGAGACCCCCCUUUCUUUUUAGAAUAUUAUUCUAUUUUUCAAACCUACCACACAUUCUAGAGAUCUACUCCAAAAAGCCAUCCAAGGAAACUGAUUUUUUCAGGUAGGCACUUGCUUAAUUGCCUUUUUUCAAAGAUGCUGCAAAGUGGGUUGAGCUGAGCAAAUAGCUAAGUUGAUGAUGGUUUCACUGGAACACUGCCCAGGAUGCAGCUGGAGCCUCACUCACCAGGGCCUGGAAUGCUUCUCUUCACCAGCAGCACCAGCUAGCAGUGGCAACCCUUCGGAAAGGAGCUGUACUAUUGUUUGGUGCUAACAUGCAAAAUACAGCUUUAGUUAUUUAACUAGAGAAGAAUUGUGCUCUCCUUCAACAUGCGGCAUUUCAAGACAAGAUUGGCUCUAGAUGCAGAGUGGUGCCACCUCCUCCUCUGUACUGAUAAGAUUGUUGGCUUGUUCACAGAUAUACAUGUGACGAAGUUGUAUGAAGCAAAAUAAACUUCCACUUUAAUUGCA